AAUUUACCCUCAACUGGGAACCUCUUGUGGCCAGGAUGGGUAAUUCGAUGGAAGUGUCACAAGGUUCUUUGUAGGAUCGACUCCAAGAGGUGUUCUCAGGACUGACACACAUUGCGUCCUUGGGAAAAUAUCCAAGUUAGGAGAAAAAGUGUGCACCCAACGAGAUUCGAACCAGUAUUCUGCCACUGACGCCAUGUAUGCGAAGAUGUACCGAUUCAGGCGCGCCCUUUCACAAUUGGUACGAGUCGGGUCAAAUGAUGCACCGGCGCACAACAUUGGAGUUCUCGCAGCGAGUGGGGGAUUUUCGCUGUUCGCGGCUUGGCUUGCGAUUCUGUGGGAGGGUCGCACAGUCGUUCCUUUAAGCACCGAGGCUCCGGUACACCGGACCGAUAGCAUCCUUGCGGAUGCCAUGGUGAGGGUAGUGCUUGUGACUGACGAAGAAAGUGCUGUCGUUGCCACGAAGGCAAGUAGCCAAAAUGUUUCGAUUUUGCGUAUCCGAAGGUUGGAAGCAACAGCAGCGGGCGACGGCCCCGUGCUCUGCGACAGUGAGCAGGAUGUGCCAACCUCUUUCGAUAGCUUGGAGAAGGCAGCCGCCAGCAAUGGAGACGCGUACCUCUAUUACACUUCGGGUUGUUCGGGAGAACCGAAGGGGGUUUCCUUUGGUCACGGCUCCAUGGACGAAGUAUGCUGCCAGCGGGUGGAACACGUUUUCAUCGACUUCGUCGCGGAGGUUUUUGGCCCACUGUCGUGUGCCAUUCUAAUUAUCGUCGUGCCGUCCGAGGUGCGGAAGAACUCAGUGCUGUUGAGAGAUUAUUUCAUCACCCACGGCGUAACAUGGAUAACGUUGGUCCCGACGCAGGCAAGACGUAUUGCCGAAGCAGCACUUAUGGUGCCGUCCACUUUCGGGAUGGCCUCAAAACGUAGCAUCUCGGCGAAGAUGAACAACGAAAUCUACGGUUUUGCGACGACGGGAGCACUUACGUUGUUCAAGAGCUUUGAGCUGCAAAGUGAUGCCUUGGCUACGAAAGACAGCAAACAAGGCGCAGAGGAAAUGGUCAGGGCCCCGCCUAGCGUUUCCAUCGGUAGACCUAUCUCGAACUGUGGCGUGGAGCUAUUGGAGGUGUCGCAACAUCACAAGCGACGGGAUGAAGGGCGUGUGGGUCUGCUGUACGUGUCGGGGGCUGGGCUAGCACGUGGGUACUGGGGGAGACCGACGGCGACCGAUCCUACGGAGGCCUUGCCCUUGCAUGUAGACACCCCGACGCUACAACCACACGGUGACGGAGACGCUCGUGGUGAUGUUGAAGACAUCAGAUCUGGGUGUCAACACGGGCAGAAGGUUCGAUUUUUCUGCAAAGGUGACCUGGCAUCGUUCGAAAGAAGCCAAAAAGGCGGAGGGUGGAGCCUUGUGUGCCGGGGACGCCUUGACCAACAGAUCAAGAUCAAUGGUCGCAGGCUCGACUUUACAGAGGUGGAGCACGGUGGCGACGGUAGGGAACGCUCCGAUUGGGGGGUUGGAGACGUAGUCGGCGUGGUCGUCGUUGCAGUCUCGACCACGACAACCCUCCUGGAUAGCGGGAAAGUGGAUUGUCGGGAGGUACGGCGGAUGGUUUCCAAACAUUGGCAUCAUCAUCACGCGAGUGCCAGCAGCGAUGAUGCCGACCACUCUGCCGCUUCGGUGGUAUCUGGCACCCGCCAAGGAUCGACAAGCGUCCGUGACAUCAGUGUCGAAAAGGGGAUGAGUCUCGUCAACGAGGCCUUGGUACGCACGAUUCAGUCGUACGACCGUCUGGAUAUGCUUGCCGAGCGAAACCAGAUUGGCGACGACAGCAACCUGUUUGUGGAAGUGGGUCUUUCUUCUGUUCAAGCACGGCUGGUACUGACUGUUGGCGCCGAAGCUGAGGAUGACAAGAUACAGCAGUUUGAUGACGUAGAAGCCGGAGAGGAACGGCUGCAGACCCUCGGCGUCGCUGGUGUGCAUGUCAGAGGUGGCAGCAUUGGCACGAGCAACGAUAAAGGUGGUGACGAACGCGGAGCUGUAGAAAGCGCUAGAGAUUCAGGCGCAACCUUUACCAUUCGGCCAAUCACCGAGGCCGUACUGACGGAGACGCGGGCCCUCAACAGAAGCGUCUUUCUGAAUAACGAACCCCUCCUCUCGUCGAGAUUCGCACGUUACCGUGCUACUCUGGGUCCAGUGGGAGCGGUGAUUGUUCGGCAAUGCCAAAAGCGGUUGGUUGGCUGCAGCAUUGAUUCGCUCCGGCGAGGUGGGGGGCGAGUGUUGGUUGCGACAGAUGAUGCCAGCGGACAAGUCCUUGGCUUCACAAUCGGAACAGAGCUGACCGAAUCCGCCCAAGGCUCAGGUGAGCCCACGAGUUUUCGCCGUCGUACCGACACGACGCCAUGGCAGAAGAGUAUAGAUUUCCUGUUGGGAUUGCCACUCCAGCCCAUGCUGCGCCGGGUUUCCGCCCUGUUCAUGGAGCUCCUAAGCAUAUUACAGUACGAGAGAGGGUGGGCUUAUGCGCCGGGCGAUGUCAUGAAUAUAUCAGAGACAGGGUGUCGCCCGGGCCAACAAGAGAUGGGCAAGGGUAAGAGCAAGCACCAGGUAGAGAGGGUGGCUGGAGGAGAAACAAGCGAUACAGGCAACGGCGGGGUGCAAACUGCUCUCAUGGCGGAGAUGCUAGAACGGCAGCUUCUACGCAAUGCAUCCGCCGCGGGGUUUCUCCCCGCCGUGCCAUCUGCGUUGUUUUCAGCGGGUCAACACUCUACCACUGCGCACGGGCGAGAGCACAGCGCACGACCGGAACCCUUCGCACGGGUGGCGGGAGAGCAUGCCGACGUCAUUUUGUUCGAGAAAGUUCUUGCGCCAGGUGUACCGCCGGGAAUGCUCCUAGGGUGCCGGCCGCAACAGGCGGGGACCAUCCCCGAACAUUCUGCGGCUUCGCUCACCGUACACUCCAACACCGCCACCCACGAUGCAUCUGGCACACCUCGAAUCCAUGCUGUCGCUUUCGCUGCGGGCGAGCGUUGGCAGUUGGUGCAGGCUGGACGGGGCACUGGGAAGCACUACAGCGAGAUGUUGGCCGCCUUCCUUCUCUUGACUGCUCCAGCGACAGUCUGUGGAUCAGGAACGGCCGGAGGAGUAACAGUAGUGGCUUCGUCGACGAAAAGUGCACUAGAAGAACCAGGGCAUGUGGACGCUUCCGAUGGUGCAGCAUACGCUGUUGAAGAUCCAGCGUGGACCAUUGCGGCGUGCAUGUCUUGGCGUCGGUAUACGAACCCGCGCGGUGGGAAUAACUUGCAGGGGCCGGUAGAAAGGGGUUCCGGAGACGUCGUGUCCAUUGAAGGGAGGAGUGAGAGCGAAGAAGCACCAGCGGGAAGGGUCACGCCAGCCUCUUCGCGAGAAUUGUUGGCCUGCGAGGUUGGAGACUCCCACGUGCAUUUGCGUGCACUUUCGGAGAGUGUGGGUUUCUACGAGCGGCAUGGGUUUCGGGGCGUAGACCAUGAAGGAUGUUUCAGGGCGGGAAAAGAUUUGGAAGGGCCGGUGCGAGUUGGUGACGGGGAGUGUUCAUUGGUUCAUGACCUUGGGCAGGUACUUGACCGUUAUGCGCGGUAG